UAGACUGGAGUAAUCCAGUGCAGCUCAAAGGAUAGUUCAUUAAACUUGAUGAUUUAGCGACAUUUUUUGUUUGCAACUAAUCGUGUCUGUGGAGAGGCAAUUUUAAAAAUUGCAGAGUUAAAGACUGUAGAAAAAGGGUUUUAGACGAGGUUUCAUGGUAGGUAAGCUCAGCACACUUGAGUUGGCCAAUAAACUGAAAUGUCACCUCCUCUCAAACCCUCGAAGUCUCCAGAGCUGUACAGCACACCACGGAAGGUUCCCACUGGGCUUUUCAGGGAAAGGAAGAAAUUGCGAGUUCUUAACAGCGAUGAUUCAAAGGAAAAUUUUGAAACGCCCAUCAAGACCAUUAUCUUUGACACCCGAACACGCUCAGUGACCCCUUCAGUAUUGAAGACACAGGCAAACCUUAUGUCCAAUGUGGAAUCCAGCAACAAUUUAUCUGGGAAGUCUGUUAGUCCCAGCCUUGCUAUGUUGAGAAUGACUCCAGGCCCAAGUCUGCAGGAGAAGCAGAAAUUACUUCAGGAGAAACACGAGAAGGCAAAAGAGUCCCUGGACAAGCUGGCUGUUGGGGGAGGAGUUAGUCUGUGGCCAGAAAUGGACAACAUGAGACUGACUGCAGAGGAGGGCUUUGUUCUCUUUAUAUCUUGUGUGCUGAUGAUUUUAUCAGUCUUUCUUGUGUUCAGAUAUCUACAUGGUCCCUUGUUGCUGAGCUUGCACAACUAUACAGGACAGGUGAAGGACUUUUCUGCAGGACAUCCAAUUAUAAGCAUCUCAGAAUCUUCCCUCAAGAACUCUGUCCUCACUUGGCACAAAGAUUUUUGGAAGCUGCUGGAUGAUAUCCAGAGGCAGUUUGAGACCCACCUUCUGCAAGCUCAUGCCACCUAUCUUCUCUAUCUCGGCCUGUAUUUUGUUGCGAUCAGCACUCUGCUUUACUAUCUGGCAGAUAAUGUGAUUCAGAAAAGCAGACUGACACCGCGGAGGAUAAAGAUUUGGGUUCUUCUUCUGGUUGCCACGGCAUCCUGGACGGUGCUGAUGCUGAGCUUACUCCUGUCCUCUCAGCACCUGGAACACUCCAUUGAGGUCACUGUACACAGGCUGCAGGAAGAGCUGGCUCAUCUUGCUACAGUAGACUUCGAUCUCAAAGCUUAUCACAAUGUUGCUGCUUACUGGAGAGUUCGAUGCCUUCCACCAACUGCCAAGGGGACCCUUAGUGUGUUUGGACUCAUUCCAGUGCGGGAUUUAUUCUUUUAUUUGCAGUAUUAUAGUGUGCCUGUCCUCACUGCUCUUUGUACUCCUGUUCUCAAACUGCUGCUGGCCCUGAAGGAAAUCUAUUUCAGCCCACAAAAACCCAGACUUGCAAAGAGACUGUAGGAUGACUCGGGGAGUAGUAUGCAGUACUGUUGAUGUGCAAUUUGUUUUUACAUUAUUUUGUUGGCAAUAUAUGUUUUUAAUGUAUUUUAUAUAGGUUUUAUUUUAAAUAAAUGUAUGUGUUAUAUUUUCCUUAAUGCAAGGAACGGAGUUUAAAAUGGAAAUAAAAAGGAUUUGCAUAACACUAAGAAAAUAUAGGGUAAUGAAGAGCAUUGUUUUACUUGCUUAGAAGUUUCCGUUUCAUGUCACUGUAGAUGCCAUUUAAGCACCUGUCUUUGUAUUAUGUUAGGGAUGCUGGUAAAUAUUUUACCUGGAAAGAGACAUGUUAAGAAAUACCAGGUAGUAAUAUAUGUUUGCAGACCUUAAUCUCUCUUCCAAACUUGUUGAGGGAUCACACAGCCGUCCUCCCAAAGAAUGUUGGGAUAAAAAGCUGCUUUGUCUUGCACCAUCUUACAAGAUUUGACUUUAAAAUAUCAUUAUGUACAGCAGGACCGAAAUGUCUUCCAUCGAACACAAAUGUUUGAUCUUUGAUUGUGAAUUCAUAUACUGUGAUUUGGAAGGCACAGUAGAAGCAGGUCUUCUAAAAUGUCUGUGGUGCCUAUGCAAGAUCCAGAAAUGAAUCCAUUUGAGGCCAUGUGGAACCACCUGAAAUCGGGAAGAAUUCUAACAAACCGAUCAGUCAUGUGAAAUGUCUCACAGGAUAUUUGGUAUGCAUGGUACUCCCAGGCUUUCACACAAUUGCCGUGACAUACUGUAAUAUGGAGAGACAGAAAAAGUAAAAAGUAGACAUACAAGUGGGGCUGUGGUUAGCAUU